CUCAGCAAACAUUGUUGCUUUGCUACAAUCUACAACUGAUAAUAUUCGAACUUUGGAAGACAUUUACAACUCGAGGAUGAAGCUGGGAGUCGAAGACAUUGUCUAUGCUCACUAUUUCUUUGAAUCAGUUACAGAUCCACUGAGGAAACAGAUUUAUGAUCAAAAAAUUGCACCCAAAGGCCAAAAGUCGAAUUUCAUGAAGAUAGAGGAGGGCAUUGCGAGGAUGAAAUCGGAAUUCUUUGCUUUUCACGUGGAACCUUCGCGUGGUUAUAAAGUUGUGGCUGACACGUUUAAGGAGAACGAAAAAUGUGGUAUCAGGGAGUUCAACUUUUUUCCCUAUGUUGUUUCUCCUUGGUCGUUGGCCAGGAAAAAUACUACUUACAGGGAAAUAAUCAAAACCAAUAUGAAACGAAUUGCAGAGUCCGGACUUCAACAAAGAGAAUAUGUGAAGAUAUACACCAAAAAGCCGGUGUGUCAAAGCCAGAGUAGUAAUUUUGGAAGUGUUGGACUUAUUGAUUGUUAUGCGUUGUUCUUGAUUUUUGGUAUUGGUAUAGCUGUUUCUGUCAUCCUUCUUAUUAUUGAGAUUAUAUUUAAAAGACUUACAAGAAACCUUACUAAUGAAAAAGUUAGACCUUCUACUAUAAAACUUGAUAGUGUCGUUAACUCGUUUAAAGAUCUACCAGUUGUGGAGUAUAUCGAAUAAAAAGGCUAUUCAUGUCUUGCACUUUUAGUAGUUGUUUUAACCAUUUCAAUUUACAAAUGUAA